AUCUCCUCGAUGCAGAAAAUCGGCAAAGGAGAACCAGUGGACAACGAUGAGUUCGACACGUGGAUGAAGUCGAAGCAGCUCCUGAAGCCGGAUGAUCAGCUCGACCUCACCGAGGCGGAGCUGGGCGAGGAGAUCCCAAAGCUGCUAUCGACAGAAAAUAGACAUCUGCCCCGCAAUCUGGUCGUGUACGAUUUCCGGGAGGGUGCAUUUCUGCCGGUACCACCGCCGGAGAAUACGAUAACGCUGCUGGAGUUCGAGGGUACCUCCAUCCACAAGGACACGGAUGAGGCGAAGGAGCAGAUCUCGCGCAAGGGCACCGACGAGUUAAAUGUCACCCUGGACAAACCGAAGGAACCUCUCGCCGAAGACCAGGAGGACACGAAAAAGCCCGACACACCGGAAACUGGUGACGGCGAAGAGGGUGAACGAGAUGAAGAUGAAGCUGAGGGCGAAGGCGAAGGGCAAGAGCAGGAAGAGGAAGCUCCACCGCCACCCGAGGAAGAAGCGCCAAAGAAGAAGCUUACGAAUCAGUUUAACUUUUGUGAACGUGCCGCUCUGACAAUAGCAAAUCCGUCCAGAUCAGUGGACACGCAAACAAUUCCACCGCCACGAUCGUCGUACGGCGCGAGCGUACUCCAGUGGGUGAUCUACGACUCGUACAUCGAGGACUACGCGCAACAGCAGCGCGAGAAGGAGCGCGAGAAGGAGAAAAAGCCUGGCCUGCAGCGGCGCGAUGAGAAGAGCCGCAAGGAUGAGAAGGCGAAGCAAGCGGAAGAGUUCAACAAGCGCUACCUGCAGGCGUGCCAGAUUAUCGAGCGCAUGGUGAACCAAAACAUCUACGACGAGAUCGCACAGGACUAUCGCUACUGGGAAGAUCCGUCCGAUGAGUUCCGCGAGGAGGAGGGCACACUGCUACCGCUGUGGAAGUUUUCCUACGAGCGCACCAAGAAGAUGUGCGUUACUGAUCUUUGCUUCAACACGCUCUACUAUGACCUGUUUGCUGUCUGCUUCGGGACGCUGGACUUUAUGAAACAGAAUGCCGAGGGAGCUGUAUGCUUAUUUACGAUUAAAAAUCCGUCCUUCCCCGACUACCGAAUUGCAACAGAAAGUGGUGCCAUGUGCUGCGAUAUCCAUCCGAAGUACCCGUACCUGAUCGCGAUAGGACUGUACGAUGGAAACGUGAUCGUGUACAACCUGCAGGUCGGUACGAAGGAGGGACCCGUGUACAUUUCGCACGGCGUGAACGGCAAGCACGCGGAAUGCGUGUGGGAAAUUAAGUGGGGUCCGGACAUGCAGGAUGGCGAGAUUAACUUCUUCUCCGUGUCAGCCGAUGGCAAAGUGUUUAACUGGGUGUUGAUGCAGAACAAGCUCGCGAUCACAACGAUCAUCACGCUGUUUCUAGAGCUGGAUCAUGUUAGUGGACCGGACGGUAGUGCGCUGCGCUUGAAGGGUAGCGGUACCUGUAUGGUUUUCCAUCCACACAAUCCGGAGAUUUUUCUCGUCGGUACGGAGGAAGGUUUCAUCUUUAAGUGUAGCACAGCGUACAGCUCGAAAUACCUAAUGACGUACCACGCACACUAUCUGCCAGUACAUCGGAUGGAUUACAACAAGUUCAAUUCCAACAUUUUUGCAUCCUGCAGUGGUGAUUGGCGGGUGAAGAUUUGGGAAGACAUGCGACCUGAACCGCUGUUCAUAUUCGACCUAGGGUCUUCGGUUGGAGACGUCAAGUGGGCACCGUACUCGAGCACCGUUUUCGCGGCGGUAACAACCGAAGGCAAGGUGUUUGUGUUUGAUUUGAACGUGAACAAGUAUAAAGCCAUCUGCACCCAGGCGAUCGUUUCGAAGCGCAAGAACAAGCUUACACGUUUGGCAUUCAACCAGAAGCUGCCGUUUAUCAUCGUCGGGGAUGAUAAAGGUACGACGAUUACGCUGAAGCUUUCCCCGAACCUGCGCGUCAAGACAAAAAUGGGCAAGAAGGCGGGCGUUGUUGAUCCGCAGCUGCUCGAAAGCCAGAAGCUGGACCGGCUACUGUCGCUUGUCCGCGAGCUACCCGAGGGAGAAAUGGUGAAGGAAACUGUUUCGACCGUCGCCUCGAACUAAACAAA